AAAAUGGGUGCAAUAACACGCCUGUAUACGCGAGAAAACGUGUUAAUGAAAUGAAAUCCGUGAGGAGGAUCAGUCUACGUGGCAUACAGCGGUUGCAGAACAUUGCCGAGGGGGGGACUGGCUGGCUGUCUCGGCUUCCUGGCUCGUCAAAUCAGGGUGCAUUGUGGGGCGGAGGCGGCCUUUCUCUAUGCGUCCAUACACAGCAAAGAAGCACAAGUCGGCACGUCUUUCAAGCAAAUAACGUUAGCAGGAGGGGAGGAAGUCUCAGCGAAAACAACAAAAAAACGCUCACUCGCGUUGAGCUUUGCUGUGGUUAUCGUUGUUAAUUCUCCGUUUAUUCCACAAACAUGGGGCAGGAGGAUCUCAUGAACAAGGCCGAAGACGUGGCAGACCAGUUCCUGCGGGUAACCAAACAGUACCUGCCUCACCUGGCACGUCUGUGUCUCAUUAGCACCUUCCUGGAGGACGGCAUCCGCAUGUGGUUCCAAUGGUACGAGCAGCGGGAUUACAUUGAGGCGACGUGGAGCUGCGGCUACUUCCUGGCCACAUGCUUUGUGCUCAUCAAUUUAUUAGGACAGCUUGGUGCUUGUAUCCUCAUCCUCAGUAGAAAUUUUGUACAACAUGCCUGCUUUGGAUUAUUUGGCAUCAUUGCACUGCAGACUCUCGCCUACAGUAUUUUAUGGGACAUAAAGUUUUUGAUGAGAAACCUUGCCCUAGGAGGCGGUCUCCUCCUGCUGCUGGCCGAGUCUCGUUCGGAAGGAAAGAGCAUGUUCGCCGGAGUGCCGUCCAUGGGGGAGAGCUCGCCGAAGCAGUACAUGCAGCUGGGGGGCCGGUUAUUGCUGGUGCUCAUGUUCAUGUCUCUGGUCCAUUUUGACACCAGCCUCAUCUCUAUCCUGCAGAACCUGGUGGGCACCGCCCUCAUCGUCCUUGUGGCCAUUGGCUUCAAGACCAAGCUUGCGGCACUGACGCUGGUGGUAUGUCUCCUGGUCAUGAACAUCUACUUCAACGCCUUCUGGAACAUCCCCGCCUACAAGCCCAUGCACGACUUCCUCAAGUACGACUUCUUCCAGACCACCUCGGUCAUCGGCGGCCUGCUGCUGGUGGUGGCCCUCGGCCCCGGUGGCGUGUCCAUGGACGAGAAAAAGAAAGAGUGGUAGGAGAGAAAAAAAAAAAGAAUAAAUAAAACAUGGAUCGCACAGCACCACUAACAUACCCCCAUAUCGACUGGGACUCAAAAGACCGCCCUGCCCCCGCCCUCUGCUCUUUCUGUUGGUUCACCUGGAUACACAGGGUUACUUUUUUUUGUUUUUUUUUUGGCCAAAACUUUAGAUAUUGAUCGACCUCACAACUGUUGUUUUGGUUAUUUUUUUCCACGCGUCGGUUGAUAUGUUAGAAUAAGUCAAACAUAAAUCUUAUCAGUCCUAUGUGAGCGAAAUAUAUUAUAUUUUAUUGUUCUUAUCGUCGAUGAACCUUCAUAUGUUGCAACAAAGAGGAGAAAAUGCAGUAGUUGUGGUUGAGUGUGGAUGCGGAUCAUGUGGCCUAUCCUGAGGUGUAGUCAGCGUAUCAGUAAUGACACUGGGAGGGGGCACUUAUUAGACAACAACUACCCCCCCCUCCAUCUCCUCCUCCUCCCUGUGCUAAAGCCCACCUUCAGUUCAGCUCUGCACCCUUGGACUAAACAGGCAACCCACGUUAGGUGUGAAGGGGGCGGGGGCGUGUACUUUGUAUGCUAAGUGGUGGAUUGUCAUGCUCCAUUUAGAAAAGCCCAACAAAGUUAGAGCCAGGACGCAUCAUCGGGUACCUUGAAUUCCUAACUCGUGAACGAAUGGGUUAAAGCGGCUGGAGGGGUCAGGGGGGGGCUCGUUCUGUGUUUUUGUGAAACGCCAUAUUCUGCUAUCUAGGAACGCAAAAAGGACUAAGCAGUGUCAUGCCAACUUCUUUUUUUUGUCUCUGCUUAGUGCUUUUUGCCUUGGAAAAUAAAAUAUUCAGUGUAUUGAUUUUCAGAAGUUUAUAUUGUAUUUUUGAUCUUUUUGUUUUCGAUUUGGAGGUUCAUGGCAGAAAAUAAAAAAAAUAAAUAAAUGAAUGAG